GUCUUUGUUUCCUUUCUGUCAUUCUGACACAACUGCAUGAGGCACAGUCACAUUUUUGGGGAAUGUGCCGUUCUCCCUGUUUGUGGUGGCGUGUCUAUGUCUGAGGCCUCUGACCUGCAGAACAGGCUUGGUCAGGGUGGAUGUGGAGCACCGAGGGUUAGUCAGGGUGGACGUGGAGGCUUGGCUUGUCUCGAGUGGACGUGGAGGCUUGGCUUGGUGGUGCUGACUGACAGACGUGAGUAAAGUGGAUUAGUGUCUGAGCGUGAAGCUGAGCAGCAGCCGAGGCUCUGAGACGUGAGUAACACUGCGCUGAGUGUUAGUGUUAAUGUUUCGAAAAGUGGUUCAGACUGUUGUUGUUUGUGUUUCUGAAGGCGAGCGUCAGGUCGUCAGAGGUUUAGAUUCUCAGAAGGCACGAAGAAAACUAACACACCAUUCAGUUUAUUACUGAGGCUCAGGACCAGAACCGGUCUUUAGUCCACCACUUGAGGUGUUGACACGUUCUGAACUAAACGUCUGCUUUGCUUUAUCUUUUAACUCUAUUUUGUUUUCUUUCUUGUAAUUUAUGUAAGUAGCAGAAAUGUAAAUGCUCCUUCUGCUUGUGUGGCGUCUUGUCCAACAGUUCUGUUGUUACAGAGUGUGUGUAUGUGAUUGGUGCUUGGUGCUCAUGGUUCGGUGCUGAUUGAGCCUCUUUGUUUUGCUCACCAACAUCGUGUGACUUCAACACAGAGACGUCUUUGUAACGUUACAGCUGGAGAGAAUGUUAAAGACGGAUUCAUGCUUCAUUGUUUAAUGCAUGGAGGUUCUGGUGUCAUGUUCUAGACAAACCCAUUAUCACAUUUGGACCUGAAAGUCAAAGACACAUUACCGAUCAGAUUGUUCCUUUGGAUGACAUCAUGUCGCUUCAGGUUAUGACCACAUCUCUCCUUUACAACAUCAUCCUUUUCUACCAACUACCAUCUGAGGAAUAUCACUAAAACCAGGAGCCUCCUCCCUCAGAGUGAUGCUGAUCAGUGACUCCAUCACUAGUUCAGACAGCGCCACUUUUUGUCCCACCUACCACGGGGUCAUUUAAACGCACCUGCAUUAUUGGCACCAGCUGCCUGGUCGUAAAUGGUUACAUGGAGUGUUAUUAUGAACUGGACUCAGACGGUGAGAAACCUGAAACCUUCCAUUAAUAUGCACCAACCGGGACUAAACAUCUUAGUCACUGCGUUAAGCCGCGACGCGUCAGACUGACCGGGGAUCAGCGGUAAUCGGCUGCCAACCAGUUUACCAGGUGCUUUGGUGCUGGAGGAUCAGACGGAGCAGCCAGCGGUCUUGGCUGUGCGGCAGUGCGCGAGCAGCAGAACCAUCGCUCGCACUGACGAAGCUCGGACUCCUUCCCCGCAGAGCACGAACCCCUGUGGGUCGACCGUCCAGACGGCGUCCGGGGCGGGUUGUUAACAGGGGUGUCAGGACGUGGUCUGGAGUCUCUCAGAGGUGAUACUCUCAUGGACCACCAUGGCAGAUGCGUCUGCAGAAGGCCGGGCUCAGGAUCUGUUUGAUGAGUUUGUGUCAGCAGUGACCUGCAGGGCGGUGCUGCGUGCCUUCAGCCAGCUGUGUGAGCAUCUGCAUCUGGACCGCAGCGCCGCUGAAAGGCCGUUGUAUCGGCCAAUCAAACAGCGCCUUAACUACUGGAAGGCCAAUGCUCUGUGGACUAAACUGGACCGAAGGGCGGCUCAGCAGGAGAACCUGAGGGCCCGGGCCUGCAACAGCAUCACAUGUGUGGUGAUUGGGGCGGGACCCUGUGGUCUGAGGACAGCAGUGGAGCUGAGCUUUAUGGGCGCUCGGGUGGUGCUGCUAGAGAAGAGGGACUCAUUCUCUAGGAACAAUGUACUGCACCUGUGGCCUUUCACCAUCUAUGACCUGCGGGGCCUUGGGGCCAAAAAGUUCUAUGGGAAGUUCUGCGCCGGUUCCAUCGACCACAUCAGUAUCCGUCAGCUGCAGCUGGUCCUGCUGAAGGUUGCCUUGCUGCUGGGCGUUGAAGUCCAUGUCGGUGUGGAGUUUAAAAACCUUGUGGAUCCACCAGAAGACCAGCACCGACGCAAGGUCGGCUUCAGGGUGGAGGUGAUGCCCAAGUCCCACCCGGUCAGUCAGCUGGAGUUUGACGUCAUCAUUGGCGCAGACGGACGCAGGAACACCCUGCCAGGCUUCCGGCGUAAAGAGUUCAGGGGGAAGCUGGCCAUCGCCAUCACGGCCAACUUUAAGAACCGGAACACGACUGCGGAGGCCAAAGUGGAGGAGAUUAGUGGUGUGGCGUUCAUCUUCAACCAGAGGUUCUUCCAGGACCUGCGGCAGGAAACCGGCAUCGACCUGGAGAACAUCGUGUAUUAUAAAGACGACACACACUACUUUGUGAUGACGGCCAAGAAGCAGAGUCUGUUGGACAAAGGUGUCAUCCUGCAGGACUUUGCCGAGACAGAGCAGCUUCUGUCUCGGGGAAACGUGGACCAAGAUGCACUGCAGGCGUACGCCCGCGAGGCCGCCGGCUUCUCCACCAGUCACCAGCUGCCCUCUCUGGACUUUGCCAUGAACCAGUAUGGGCAGCCGGACGUGGCCAUGUUCGACUUCACCUGUAUGUACGCCUCUGAAAACGCUGCCAUGGUCCGCCAGCGCCGCGGACACCAGCUGCUGGUCACACUGGUGGGGGACAGCCUGCUGGAGCCCUUCUGGCCAAUGGGGACAGGUGUGGCUCGGGGCUUUCUGGCUGCUCUGGACUCGGCCUGGAUGAUCCGACGCUGGGCUCGGGGGGGGGCUGCUCUAGAUGUCCUGGCGGAGAGAGAGAGUCUGUACCGUCUCCUCCCUCAGGCGACGCCGGAGAACAUGCAGCGGAACGUCAACCUGUUCUCUGUGGAUCCAGCAACCAGAUACCUGAAUGUCAGCCCUCUGAGCAUCACUCCUGCUCAGGUGAGACACCUGGUGGACACAGGUGAGGAGGCGGGGCCAACCUCAGACCGUGGUACCGUACGAUCACCCCGGUUCCUCAGACGGGAGUCCUUCUCUCAGUCGAAUCAGCUGCUGAGCUGGUGUCAGCAGCAGACCUGUGGUUACCGUGGUGUCGCCAUUGGUGACUUAACAUCGUCCUGGAGGAGCGGCCUCGCUCUCUGCGCUUUGAUUCACAGAUACCGACCAGAUCUCAUAGACUUCGAAUCUCUCGAUGAGACUUUGGUGGAAGACAACACUCGUCUGGGUUUCGAUGUGGCUGAGCAAGAGUUUGGGAUUUCUCCUCUGAUGACGGUAGAAGAGAUGCUGUCAGUGGAAGAACCAGAUUCUCUGUCGAUGGUGAUGUACCUGAGUCAGUUCUACCAGCUGCUCAAAGACUCGCCCCCUCCAGCAGGUGGAUUGUGUCAUAAUGCUGACCUGAGAUCAGCACUCAUCACUCCAGCCUCCCUGCUCAGCAGACUGGGCCACAGUCCCUCUAGGAAAAGAAACCCAAAGGACCAGAGAGAAGCUGCAGGUAAGAAGAGGAAAACUAGUCGAAGUCCAGAACAGGAGUCAUGUGACCUGGGUGAUGAUGUUGCCAGCCAGGUGUGCAUGGGCGGGUCCAGAGUCCGUCUGAUGGCGAACCAGCUCCAAGCAAAGCUGGACGAGAGCUUGUCCACCUGCAGGAGUUCUUCUUCUGCGUCCUUACGUCGCCAGGGGGAGCUGAUAUCUAGCUCGUCUCCUCCUUCAGAGUCUACGGACACUGCUGUCCCCGCAUUGCCAUGGAGACCGAAGAAACGCACUCUUCUACAGGAACAGAUGAGUUUUCGGUUUAAAGAGAAGAUCAAGUCUCAGUCUAUGGACAGUGAUGAGCAGGUCGCUGUGGGCAGCAGUGACAUGUGCUUCUUCUGUAAGAAGAGAGUUUAUGUGAUGGAGCGUCUCAGCGCCGAGGGGUUGUUCUUCCAUCGCAGCUGUUUCCAGUGUGAUCACUGCAGCAGCUCCCUCCGCCCGGCCGCAUACACCUACGACCACCACAGCGGGAGGUUCUUCUGUCUUCAGCACCACAACGAUCGCCUGGAUGCUCCGGCUGUGAGGAAAAGGCCGACGCCGUGCGACGGAGCCGCUUCCCAUCGAACAUCAGUGGCGUCUGCAGGUUCAGAUUUCUCCGUCUCCUCCUCCAACUCGCUGAUCUCAGUCGACCGUCGCUCCUCAGCGGUUUCUAUGAUGACUGCGAGGCCCGAGCGAAUCGAGCUGGAAAACUACCGACGCAGCUCGACACAGGUGUCGACGGACCUGCAGGAGGAGCCGGAGGAGGUCUCGGAGGAAGUCCUCAACCGGUUCAACCUGAGCCCGGACCAGAACCACAGCCACAGGUCCAGUUCAGGGACUGAGGAUGAGGAGGGAGGAAGAGGGGGUCGAAGCCAUGUGACCUCACACAAAAGUGCAUGGAGCAAAACACUGCAGCUCCCCUUGAGGUGCAAUGAGGAGGAAGAUGAAGAGCCGGAGUCCAGCGAUGAGGAGGAAGAGUUUUGUCUUCUUGCCUCCCGAAGCUUUUCGUCAGCGGCAGGAGGUGACGUUAAGAAUCCCGACACACCUGUGGAAUCUGGCUCCACCUCCAACCUGCAGCCUUUUCCUUUAUCGGACACUUCUCCCACUGGCCUCACGCCCAGCACUGCCUCCUAUCUCACCAGCCCUGACUCCACCCACGAGGUGGACAAGGACUCACCCCCACCCACAGCUUCCCAGAAACACGUCCCCCAAGAAAGGGGCUCCAUCCAUGAUGUCAGCCCCAUACAGUCACAGAAGACGCACCUCCCACAGCAGGAUGGAAGGGUGGAGGACUGGGAGGUGGGAGGGGGGAAACCUAGAGGAACCUGCAGCCUCCCCGCUCUGCAGGGUGGGGGUGCUGCACUCCUCCUUCAGCUCAAGGCUCUCAGACCAGUGGAGAUGGAAGAGGGUGGGCCCCGGGCUCUGUGGAGAACAGUUUUUCCAGGACACAGGAAGGAGAAGAACCGCAGGGGCGGAACCUCAGCUUCAAGCUCAGACCGGCUCACAGUACGAGAGUCAGAGCACACGCGUCUGACUGAAGAUUCUGAUCUGGAUUCCUCCACGUUGCUGCAGAGAUGUUCAGUGGAACCCAGAAACAACCUGCGUGUGGAGCUGGUUGACCUCAUGUCUGAAAUUCAGAGAGUUACAAUAAAGGAGGAGGAGGAGAACCAGGAGGCUGCGUAUGUUCCUCACGCUCUGGCUUUCAAACGAGCGUACGCCAUCAAGAGAUGCUCUAUGAGGAAGGACCACUUCCACGACUCAGACGGACAGUCCUCCUGUCCCACGGAGGUCUUGGGGGUCCUUGUGCAGCCAAGGGAGCCUUCCAGUUUGAGUGUGAAGGAGACGCUGUUCCAAGGGGGUCAGGAGGAGGAAGACAAUUUGGACGCCCAAAUCACCAGACGGGUGCAGAGAGCCGCUCGAAGACAGGCUAAACAGGACCAGCUGAAGAGGCUCCACAAGGCUCAGAUGAUCCAGAGACAGCUGCAGCAGGUGGAGGAGAAGCAGAGGCAGCUAGAGAAGAGAGGAGUGAUGGUGGAGAAAGCACUGAGAGGAGAAGCUGACUACUGGGGUGACUCCACCGACUGCCAAGACGUCGACCUUCUCCUGGGAGGACUGGGGAAACUGGAUAAUCCAGCUCUGAUGCAGCACUGGUUCCAGUUGGUUCAGCAGAAGAACUCUUUGGUUCGAUACGAGUCUGAGCUCAUUAUAUUCGCACGAGAGCUGGAGUUAGAGGACAGACAGAGUCGACUGCAGCAGGAGCUCAGGGAGCGGAUGGCAGUGGACGACCACCUGAAGGAGGAGUGGCAGCUCACUGAGGAGCGUCUGAUCCUGGAGGAGAUGCUGGAGGUGGUGGAGCAGAGAGACUCUCUGGUGUCACUGCUGGAGGAGCAGAGGCUGCUAGAACGACAGGAGGACCAGGAUUUAGAUGAAGUCAUUAUGACUCCAGGACUGGGACUCAGCUGGACCUAACACUGCUCUAAAUGUCAGGUACUUUGUUGGACCUGGUCCAGUCUGGAAAAAGGUUCAGCUUUGAAUACAGAUGUAAUGCAAUGAAAACCUAACAGCUAACAGCUGCCAUUUAAUCAAAAUAAAGGACUCAGGCCCUGAUGAUGGGCUCACCAGACAAGGGCAGACCGGUAGCUCGUUGGUAGCCAGUCACUAUCUACUCCAUCAUUGAAUAGGAGCAUUUAGAUGGUUGCUGAAAGUCAGUCAAGUUGCCAAAGACAUGAAUUGAACCAAACUUUUGGGAUAAACAUGACCUGAUUGAAUGAGAACCACUGUAGGUCCACUCUCGCUAACUGCACAGGAGCAUUUACUUCAGACCACACAUUACUUGGAUCACAACCUCGUGUCCUAGAACUGAGGGUAGAGUGUGUAGCAGCAGAUGCACUGGGAUCCUGAUUUCCAUCUGGUUUAAUGUAACCUGGUGACCUCCAGGGGGCGCUGCUGGUCCACGGUUCAGGUGUGUUAGCUGACGUGUGGGUUAAGGUACUGGGUUAAGGGUGCUGUUCUCUGAAGCUAAACCAUGCAUCAACAGUAACAAUGAACUACUUUAAACUAAUAAAAACAUGAGUAGAUGCAAACACAACACACUCAACAUCUGUCAGCUUCUGGUUCCUUUAACCCGGUUUACCUGAAGGACCAGCGACUGGUUGGGACUGUGGCCUCACAUAUUGGGGUUGUCUUGGCCUUUUCAUGGCAGAGACAGAGCUAACAAGAAGCUGGUUAUGCUGAACACAGACUUGAGCAGACAAACAUGAACUUGAUUUAUGUUCGCUCUGAGUUGUUAUCUAACGUUGCUGACACCAGUUUCCCUGAAUGUUCACAAAGAAGGGAGGAUCAGCACACCGCUAAGUUCCCUAAGUGAAUCCAGAUGUUUAGCAGCUGAAUGAGUCAUUUGUGCCAAUGCUGCUAUUCUUUGAUUGAUUUUCCUGUCUGCCUUAUUUCAGCUCCACCUGCAUCUGACCUGUGACUUUAAUCACUGAUGGUUUGAGUGUAACUGAAUCAAACUGCCUUCGAACUGGUUCAAUAAUAAAACUGCUUCCUUUGUGCCAA